CAGACCUGCCCGCCCGACCUGACCGCGCAGUCUCGCGGGAUCGCUCAGCUCUCGCUCCCGGUGCCGCUCCGGAGGCAGCUGGAGUUCCGGACGCUUCCCGGAGCCGUCUCAGGUCGCGGUGCGCGGACGGAAAAGAACUUCCUUCAAAAUGGUAAAAUAACGAAAGAGGAAUUUGAACAUUUUAUUUUCGGAUGGAAAUCAGAGAAUGAAAAGAAAGAUUAAUCCAAGCCAUGUGGUAAAACCAGGAAUUUGAAGAAAAUGGAAAUGUUUCCAUUUUUGUGGACGUGUAUUUUUCUCCCCUUCAUACGAGGACACAGUCUUUUCACCUGUGAACCAAUUACUGUUCCCAGAUGUAUGAAAAUGGCCUACAACAUGACAUUUUUCCCUAAUUUAAUGGGUCAUUAUGACCAGAGUACAGCUGCUGUGAAAAUGGAGCUUUUUCUUCCUCUUGCAAAUUUGGAAUGUUCACCAAAUGUUGAAACUUUCCUUUGCAAAGCUUUUGUACCAACCUGUACAGAACAAAUUCGUGUGGUUCCACCUUGUCGUAAAUCUUGUGAGAAAGUAUAUUCUGAUUGCAAAAAGUUAAUUGACACUUUUGGUAUCCGAUGGCCUGAAGAACUUGAAUGUGAUAGAUUGCAAUACUGUGAUGAGACUGUUCCUGUAACUUUUGAUCCACACACACAGUUUCUUGGUCCUCAGAAGAAAACAGAGCAAGUCCAAAGAGACAUUGGAUUUUGGUGUCCCAGGCAUCUUAAGACUUCUGGGGGACAAGGCUAUAAGUUUCUGGGAAUUGACCAGUGUGCACCUCCGUGCCCUAACAUGUAUUUUAAAAGUGAUGAGCUAGAGUUCGCAAAAAGUUUUAUCGGAAUAGUUUCAAUAUUUUGUCUUUGUGCAACCCUGUUCACAUUCCUUACUUUCUUAAUUGAUGUUAAAAGAUUCAGAUACCCAGAGAGACCAAUUAUAUAUUACUCUGUCUGUUACAGCAUUGUCUCUCUGAUGUACUUUAUAGGAUUCUUGCUAGGCAAUCGCACAGCCUGCAAUAAGGCAGAUGAGAAGCUAGAACUCGGUGACACAGUAGUUCUAGGAUCUCAGAAUAAGGCUUGCACUGUUCUCUUUAUGUUUUUGUAUUUUUUCACAAUGGCUGGCACCGUAUGGUGGGUGAUACUUACCAUUACUUGGUUCUUAGCUGCAGGAAGAAAAUGGAGUUGUGAAGCCAUUGAACAAAAAGCGGUAUGGUUUCAUGCUGUUGCGUGGGGAAUACCAGGUUUUCUGACUGUUAUGCUUCUUGCUAUGAACAAAGUUGAAGGAGACAACAUUAGUGGCGUUUGCUUUGUCGGCCUAUAUGACCUGGAUGCUUCUCGCUACUUUGUGCUCUUGCCAUUGUGCUUUUGUGUGUUUGUUGGGCUGUCUCUUCUUUUAGCUGGCAUUAUUUCCUUAAAUCAUGUUCGACAAGUUAUACAACAUGAUGGCCGGAACCAAGAGAAACUAAAAAAAUUUAUGAUUCGAAUUGGAGUCUUUAGUGGCCUGUAUCUUGUACCAUUAGUGACACUUCUCGGAUGUUAUGUCUAUGAGCAAGUGAACAGGAUGACCUGGGAGAUAACUUGGGUCUCUGACCACUGUCGUCAGUACCACAUCCCGUGUCCUUAUCAGGCCAGAACAGAAACUCGACCAGAAUUGGCUUUAUUUAUGAUAAAAUAUCUGAUGACAUUAAUUGUUGGCAUCUCUGCAGUCUUCUGGGUUGGAAGCAAAAAGACAUGCACGGAGUGGGCAGGGUUUUUUAGACGAAAUCGCAAGAGAGAUCCAAUCAGUGAAAGUCGAAGAGUACUACAGGAGUCGUGUGAGUUCUUCUUAAAGCACAAUUCUAAAGUUAAACACAAAAAGAAGCACUACAAACCAAGUUCACACAAGCUGAAGGUCAUUUCCAAAUCCAUGGGAACGAGCACAGGUGCCACGGCCAAUCACGGCACUUCCGCAGUAGCGAUCACGGACCACGAUUACUUAGGACAAGAAACUUUGACAGAAAUACAAACCUCCCCGGAAACAUCAGUGAGGGAGGUGAGAGCAGAUGGAGCGAGCACCCCCAGAUCAAGAGAACAGGACUGUGGGGAUCCUGCCUCCCCAGCAGCAUCCAGCUCCAAACUCUGUGGAGAACAGGCUGACGGGAAAGGCCGGGCAGGCAACGGGAAUGAUAAGAUCAGUGUAUCCGAAAGUACGCGGAGUGAAGGAAGGGUGACUCCAAAAAGUGAGGUCCCCGAGACCGGCCCGGUGCAGAGCAGCGGCUUGCAGGUCCCAGGUUCUUCGGAGCCAGGCAGCCUGAAAGGCUCCACGUCCCUGCUCGUUCACUCAGCUUCGGGAGGUGGAAAAGAGCAGGCCGCUGGCGGUCACUCCGAUACUUGAAAAACAGGCGAUCCCAUCGCUGAGAAGUGGAUUCAUGUGACACUGGAGCGGACAGCACGCUGUCUUAUCAACACCACUCUUCUGUUCUCUUGCACUGACAGCUACCUUACCUACUGUUACACUGGAAACGAUGGAUUCCGAGAAUUAGGGGAUUUGUUUCGCACAGAGGUUAACGAUGGCAAUAUACCCAGAAAGCGGAAAUGUGCAGGUUAAUAAUAUUUUUUUUAAGUUGUGUGCGAGGAGGGAGUUAGAGGAAUCUUCUUUUUCUAUUUACGAAGAUUCUCCUCUUGCUAAAAGUAUUUUAAGAUGUGUACUAUAUGCUGUUUUACUUUUAUGGUAUGAAAUCAAGAUAUUUCUUUGCUGAAGUAUUUAAAACUUAUCUUUGUAUCUUUUUUAUAUAUUUGAAAAUAAGUUUAUAUGUAUUUGAACUUUUCUUAGAAAUCCUGGAACAGCUAUUCAAAUAUUUUUAUGUUACUCGAUAUUUUAACACUGCUUUGGUAGCCUUUACACUGAGUUUCUAAGAAAAUUGAAAAAUAGUAUUCUUUUACAGUAUAAAAAAUAUUUGACACACCAGAAGGUGUUGUCAUGGGAAUUCACCUUUAAAAGUCCGCUUAUUCCACCUUAUCUUCCCUGUGUGAAUUUUAGAGAGUCUUGCUCUAGGAAUUUCAUACAUCUGCUGUGCCUCUAAAAUAAGGUGCUUGACAUCCACCGUUGAUUAUGUUAUGCUGCUCACUGAUCCUUCUACAGUUUUAAAUAACAUGUUCUAAAGGAUUAGAUGAAAUGUUACUCUUUUAGAAUUUAAGCCAAGUGCAAUUGAUUUUCUUUAAAAAAAAAAAAGUUUUAUGCCCACUCAAGAUUGUAUAUUUAUGACUAUUUACAGUUGCUUAUACUUUUUUUAACUUUUUUUUUUAACUUUUAGAAUACUAAAGUUUAUAUAGUAUCUUUCUCAGACAUUACAUAGAUGUCAUUUCUGCACUUACAUAGGAUUUUGCCGAACAUUUAAAAGUGUGUUUAGCAAUAUUAGUGCCAAUCAAAUGGGGGAGAAAAUGUAGUCCUGAUAAACAAAAUGUAUUUUAUAUUACAUACUUUAAAAUAUUAAAUAUUUUUCCUAAUUUUUGUUUUCAAAUUAAGUGUUAUACCUUAAGGUUUUCUGAUGCUUCUGGGUUUUUUCUAUUUAGCAUUCUAUUAAAGCAUAAAAAGAUUAUCAUGUACUG